GCCGUGCACAGCAGUUCAUAAGACACAAAGAUCCCGGCCUUCACACGUUCUUCUAAAGUAUAAACACUGGUCACCCACACAUACACUAUUUCUUUUUCUCGAUCGUCGGUCUCAUUAACAAAUUUCCCCCAAUUUUUUUGCAACCACGAUUCCCCCAAAUCUCUGUAUCCCUAUUUUCGCUCUCAUCUUUCCUAUUUUCGCUACUCAAUCGAUCUAAUUCUACUCUUUCACUCGUCAAUUUUUCUGGGUGGAAGAUCAAAUCUAGGGUUUCGAUCAUCUUCACGAUUUGUCAGCAUGAAUCAAGAAUAUGAUUACCUUUUUAAGCUUUUGCUUAUUGGAGAUUCUGGUGUUGGAAAAUCAUGCCUUCUGCUGAGAUUUGCGGAUGAUUCAUAUGUCGAGAGCUACAUAAGCACAAUCGGCGUUGAUUUUAAAAUUCGUACAGUCGAGCAAGAUGGGAAAACCAUUAAGCUUCAAAUUUGGGAUACUGCAGGACAAGAGCGUUUUCGGACUAUUACAAGUAGUUACUACCGUGGUGCUCAUGGAAUCAUAAUUGUGUAUGAUGUAACAGAUCAACAAAGCUUUGAUAAUGUCAAGCAAUGGCUGAACGAAAUUGAUCGCUAUGCAAGUGACAAUGUUGUCAAAAUUUUGGUCGGAAACAAAAGUGAUUUGACUUCUAACAAGGUGGUUUCAUAUGAAACAGCAAAGGCAUUCGCUGAUGAGAUUGGAAUCCCAUUCUUGGAAACAAGUGCUAAGAAUUCAACAAAUGUAGAAGACGCAUUCAUGACAAUGGCUGCAGAGAUAAAAAAAAGAGUGGCAAGCCAACCAGCAUCAAGUGCUACCGGACCAACAACAGUACCAAUCCGUGGGCAGCCUGUGGGACAGAAGUCCAACUGUUGCUCGUGAUUUAUGGGUCUUUCUGUUAUGCUUUUAAUCAGGGCAUGCCAUAGAGCAGGACUGCACAACCAAAGAAAAGUGACAGGGUGUGUUGUUCAUCAGUCUUAUUGCAAGUUUCAUGUCUGUAUAUUAUGUUUUACUCGAUGAAAUUGAUGUGUGAUCUUUUAUGUGUUGGAUAGAUCUUUUAUGUGUUGGAUAGAAUUUAAAUUUGUUAUUCUCAUCAACAGUAGCUUGAUAUACACUUAAAAGUGGUGGUUGUUCUGGACCCAAUGAAACUGUUCUAUUUGCUUUUAAGCAUCUAA